UGCACUUUGCUGACAGUCAAACAAGAGAGAGAGAGAGGUGUAGCACUGUGGGGGAAAUCGAGAGGACGUGGGACAGACAGACACAGGUGCAGACGGACACACAGACUCCAGAGUUGGUACGAGUUGGCAAACGCUCCCGUUCCUAGUUACUGACUAACUAAAGGUUCUGCGCACAAGAGCCACAAGACCUUCAGCUGCGUCCUCAUCAACAGAAAGAUAGAAGGGCACUGGGACAUACAGUUCAUAUGCCAAGUGGGACAAUCUGCCUCCAUGCCCCGUCGGAAAGGAGCUCCGGGUCUGAAGAGAGACACAUCAAAGCAAAUCAAGACGUCACCCGCAAUGUUUUGGGAUCAGAAGAGGAGACUGAGAAGUCAGUUUGCAGGCAUACCAAUCAAGUUCCUCAUCAAAAGUUUCUUGAUGGACUGUGAAACUAGGGGUUGAACACAAUCUACCCUUGUGGAAUGACAGUCAGACCAAUCCAGUCAGGAAUUUGAAGGUCAUACCAGUCUUUUUUUGAGGGGAACUGUGGAACAUGGGAUCUAAUAACACCAGGCCGAAGCUGACUCAGGUGGUACCAUCCCACAGUUCACUGGAACGGCAAAGCAGCCAGGGGGAGCAUCGAAUCAGUGGGCCCAUUUCAAACUGGACCACAGAGUCUUUGCAGAGUCCCUCUGAAGAGCAACAGGGGAGUUUGGGAAGGAGGAGGAACAACCAGCUACCCCCUCUGAGACAGGAAGUAUCUCUGACAUUCUCACCACUCACUGCAGGUUACAUGUCUCACAGUCACAGCUCCAAUGUGGGACACAGCAUCAUUCAGUCCCACCCGCCCCGGAGACCACAGGCCCUGCAGCCACUGGCUCCGCCUACAAUUCUGCUCGAUGGAGCCUCCAAGGUCCUGGGCACAGGACAGAAAAGUGGGGCUGCCCUCCACUCUUUCACCCACAGCCAGGGGGGGCGCUGUGGCACAAGCAGUCUACUGCAGGCUCAGGGAAGGGUCCUGGAGGCGCAGGCGGUCCUCGGUCGACAGGCUCACAGCCAGCGCCGGUCCCACCGGCGGCGGGCUCGAGAGAUGCAGGAGCAGAGGGAGCGGCGGCGGCAAGGCAGGACCAUCUUCACAGGGAAUGCUGACGGAGGGGAUUAUGGGAAUGAGGCGCAGAGGGUGCACCUGGUGAAGAGGCCCACGGAGAGAGACAUUUUCUGGGACAUGUCCAGCGAGGAGGGCCUCGACCUCGAUGACCUGUCCCACAGGAGUCCCGGGCCUCUGGAACGGGACAGGUGGAGGACCCCUCUCUCAGAAUCACACAGCUCACUCGGGAAGGAGGAGCCGUUUUGGGGAGAACUGCGGCAGGGCGAUUCCAGGCUAUCCCACCAGGCGAGGGCCAGAACCACAAAAAACGGAAGGACGGGGGAAGCUGACGGACACUCUAAGCCAAGCGUACAGGCAGCGGAGAAAAGGCUACCGUGGAUGCUGGGGUGGGAGGGGCUUGAACACAGAGGGCGGAGUCCCAGCGCUGUGUCGGGGAACGGAGAAGAGACACUUGGGUGGGAUACGAGGUCUGGAUGGGCCAGCUCCAUCCGACAGGAGGAAAGAAUUGACCCGGGCAAGAACGGGAGCCCAAAAUCUGAGGAGGGGUGGGAAUUCGAUCCCCAGGUGGGACACGGGCGGCGGCACAGAGGCCGACUGACUAGAACUAAACUAGAGCUCAUUCCCUCCUUCCAAAAUCAGCUGGACCAGGAUAGUGAGAUGUAGCAAGGCCAGUAUCCUUAACUGUAAAAAGGACUACACUUUCUUUAAAAUGUUUCAUAUCUUCUUGAGAACACAACCAUAUUAUACUCAGCAGUUGUGAAUAUUUGUCCCAACGUAACAUAGAGAUUUUCUUUUUUUUCUUUUCUGGAAUUGAGUGCCCUUUGUCAUAAGCAGGAGUGAAUAUUCUUUAAGGGUGCUUCACACAUGAAGAGUUGUGUAGACUCCAAAAAGCAUAGCUUAGUAUAACCAAAAAUUAACAAGAACAGGUCCGUCAUGCAAGUUCUGGAAUACAGAAUAUGUAUCACUCUAAAGCACUGUGCAGUAAAUGGAUAAAUUGGUUUAAUUAGGUGUCAGGGCAGUGAUGCAUUAAAAUAGUUGUUUGAGCUGUUUGGUGGGAAAAAAUAAAAAUGUCCCCCUAGACUAAUAUUAAACAUCACUGCUAUAAAGUGAAACUGAGCCAAGCACAGGUUGCUUGUCCAUGGCCUUGCAAAUGUUUUUUUACCCCCAUAUGCACUUACGUAUUUUAUGCAAUUAUGCAUUCACGGUGCUUUAUUUUAGAUCUGGGGUCUUAAUAGCACAGGAAGUGCUAAUUAACAAGCAAGGUCUUACUCAGUGUCCAAUAAAUUCUCCUAUAAAACACAGCUCAAUAGUCCCAGUUGUUUGAUAGAAGCACAUAUGAUAUUUACAUGAUAAAGCCCCCUUUUAAAAUUCUCCUUGUGAACAGCUCUUCUCCUUUACCCCAUAGAAAUACAAAUGUUCUCAUUUAAAUAAUGCUCAUUAUGCAGGCAAAUCUAUCUUCAGUGACUAUUAUAUAAACAAUAGAGCUAUUGUCCUGGACAGAUUGUCUUGCGUCGUGAUAGGGUACCAUCUAGUGGUCAAACUGAUAAUACGCAUGUGGUGUUUCAAAAUGACAAAUAUAGAUCCCGGAGUUCUGUUAACAGGUGUAAAUUAUUCAAACUAUGAAAUCAAUCUUGAAAUUGGACAUACAUCUACUGAUAUUAUAGCUACUGACAUGUCCCAACAUUGUGCUUGUGUUAUAAGCAAUGCAGAAAAUAAAGUUACAGUUCCUCUUUU